AUGAAAGCUGGCCGCUCGUUCCAUUGCCUCUUCUGGGCGUUGCUCUAUUGUGUGCUUUAUUUGGUCAGCGCCAACGAGGAUGAGCUGAUGGACUUUGACUUUACGGACACCAAAAGCGGUGUUGCAGAUUGGAAUUAUUUGGAUGAUGAGCUAAGCAGCCAACAGACGCAGGCAAAGCAGGACCAGCAAAAACUUGAAUCAAACAUGCUUGAUUUUACGGUGGAAAUGGAGGACGCCGAUGCACAGAAUAAAGUCCCGCCUUUUGACUGGCGUGAGAGAGCGUUGCGCUACGCUUUAUCCAAGGCCCUAACGGAUCGUGCACUGCGUCAGAAAUUUGUCGAGGUGAUGCCCAUUCUACGUGUCCUUUCAUCGCAGCAGCGUCUAGCCUUGUCAGCCUUGAUAUCGGCGCAAAUGAACGCAAAGCAUGGGCAUGAGCUGAGGUUGGAGCAGGUCCGCAUGAUGUUUGGCGAUGACAAAAAGCUACUACUGCCUAUUGUCUACGAUUUGGCGAAUCUGGUGAAGAAUUCAGCUCGCAAAUAUAUCAAUAUGGGCAGUGACUUUGCUGCAGCGGCUCUGCUGCGGACUCCGAUGCAGAUACAAAAGCGCAAGCAUGUGCUGACGGUCGAAGAACAGGCUGAAGAAGACGACACCAUAGGCACCAUAGCAGUAGAUGCUGCGGCAAAGCCAGGCGAGGACGACUCCUCACUCGAGGACUUUUUUGAUGAGAUGCAGUCAGAGGUUUUGGAUCCGCAGCUAAUAAACGAAGCGCUUCAGGGCAAUGUGUCCAAAAACUCCACAAACACUACGACUACACCCAUGGCGUCAACGAGAAAAACUUCUUCGAUGUCCAAAAGCCAUGGCAAACGGGUACGUCGGGCCGCCAAAUCAAGUGAGUUUGUGCACAAACUGACACGAUCUGUGCCGCUGUCAGCCAAUGAGGAGGAUCUGCUCAGGGGAGCAGCAGGACGAACCAUUCAACUGAAUACGACAGCCUUUUUGCAACCGAGUGAGAACACCCGCCAGAUUAUGCCGACCAAUGCCACCCAGUCGUAUGUGGAAGUCGAGGAUCUCGCCUUCGCCGGCCUCAAUGGCACUGAGUUGGAGUUGAAUGCCAACGAUCGAACCGAUCAGGCUCAAGAAGAGCCUCUGCCUAGUCCUGAGGAGCUAAUAGCCGGUCCUCGUUACCGCUUCAAUAAAGUGCAUGGAAUGCGUCCUAGUCAAAAGGUUCCCAUCAAGCGUAAGCGCCUGCAACCAUCCUCUCGUGGUCGCCCUAAGCCCGCUGCAAGCUCCUACAGUCCAGCGGUGACGGCGGCCCCAAGGAAGUGCGAACGAUUCACUAGCAACAUGUGCAUACGUACUGAUGACUAUCCCCUGUAA